UAGGCUACUAGGGGGCGGAGCCUGAUGGACGCCAGCCCGGCCGUGCAGAGAUGGCGGUGCCCGCGGUUGUGCGAGCCGGUAGUCGGCUUCCCGUGUCUUGGGCUGCGGGAACAGGCUCUUUAUGGACAAGACAGCUUUACCUAACUACUUUACCUGCAAUUUCCAGUUUUGCAUCAAGGGUUCCGCCUUGCCAUGGGAAUUUUGCAUUGCAACAAGCCAGGAGUUAUCAUCAUCAUUAUACCAACUUGGCCCAUGCUCUCCAGACUCAGUGUUGUAUUUCUGUUCCUAGUGGAUUGAUAGGACAACAACAUAGACAGUACAGUUUCUUCACCAAAUUGACAGCAGAGGAGCUAUGGAAAGGUGCCUUAGCUGAGACUGGUGCUGGAGCAAGGAAAGGAAGAGGAAAAAGAAGCAAAAAAAAAAGGAGGAAGGACCUAAACAGGGGCCAGAUUAUUGGUGAAGGACGUUCUGGUUUUCUCUGGCCUGGUUUGAAUGCCCCUGUUUUAAAACAAGGGGUAAUUCAAGGAGUUGUCCAAAGAAGCAAAGAAGAACAGGAAAAGAUACAUGCUGAAAUGAUCCAGCAGAGAGAUGAAUGGGACAAAAAGAAGAAAAAGAAGGUUAAACGGGGAAGAGGUUGGAGUGGAAAUUCUUGGGGAGGAAUCAGUUUAGGACCCCCAGAUCCUGGUCCUAAUGGAGAAACUUAUGAAGAUUUUGAUACCAGAAUACUUGAGAUAAGAAGUGUUUUUAACAUGACAGCAAAAGAAGGAAGAAAGAAGUCUGUGCGGGCCCUCGUUGUAGUUGGGAAUGGAAAAGGAGCUGCAGGUUUUGCUGUGGGAAAAGCCCCUGAUCGGGUCAAUGCUUUUAGAAAAGCAAAGAAUAGAGCAAUUCAUUAUUUGCAUUACGUAGAAAGAUAUGAAGACCAUACAAUUUACCAUGAUAUUUCUUUAACAUUUAAGAAAACACAUCUCAGGAUGAAGAAGCAGCCCAGAGGUUAUGGUCUUCAUUGUCAUCGAGCCAUUAUUACAAUUUGUAGACUAAUUGGAAUUAAAGAUUUAUAUGCAAAAGUUACUGGAUCUGUCAAUUUAAUUAAUAUAACCAGAGGGCUCUUCCAUGCAUUAUCAAAACAGGAAACUCAUCAGCAGUUGGCAGAGAAGAAAAGUCUUCAUGUUGUUGAGUUCCGGGAGGAAUGUGGUCCUCUGCCUAUAGUGGUUGCCUCUCCUCAAGGAGCAAUUAGAAAAGAUCCUGAGCCUGAAGAUGAUGUGCCCAAUACCAAAUUAGACUGGGAUGAAGUCAGGAAGAGUCAAGGACUGAAAAAAUCAGUUUGGACAGACUUAAAGAGAGCUGCAACCUGAGCUUUUGUCUCCCUCUUAUAGCCGAAUUGGGACAUAAAAGGGGUCAACCAAAAAGACUCAAAUAUGUUGUGACAUGAAAUUCAACUUUUCAGUAAGGAAAAAGUGAUUGUCUCAGGUGGGGAUAGCACAGCUGUGGUUGGAAUGAAUGCAACUCUUUGUUAUUACUUCAUAUGGAAUUCUCGGUGUUAAUUCUCAGUCUUUAAUUUGCUGACAAACUGAGUUCUAAAUUCUGGAUAUUCUUAUAAGUGCUGCAAUUAGGAGCACCCCUUUUAAAGCAUGUGAGAUCUCUGAGUUCAGUGUAACACUGUAAUUAACUAUCCAAAUAAACAUGAUUCUGAUUUUUACAAAA